CACCUACGUGCCUAAACGCUCUUGUACUCUGACCUCACCUGGCUUAUCUCUUAGGCAAAGAAGACUUUCACCGGCAACACACCUGGAGAGCUCUGCAAUACAAGAGGGAGUUAACACUGGGAAGGAUUAGCAAAAAAAAAAAAGAAGGAUCAAAUGUCCAAGGACACUCACGUAAGCAGCAGCAUAGACAAAGGUAGAAGAGAUACUGGUUUGGCAGUUUAAUGUAAAAGUUGACUUGGUUGUAUUAGUGGGGGAAAUACCAUUGUAACUGACUUGGUUGUCAGUUUGUCUGUCUCAAGGCGGUACAAUGAAGUAUUCUCUGUAACAGUUGAACAAGCCCCAUCAUGUCAAGGAAGAGAUUGUCAGGGUGCGCAGGUAGACGCUGCCUAGUUUCCUGACAGAGACGUGUGUGUAUGUGUGGGAUUCAAAUAUUCUGUAUUUGCUCAGCAAGACAGAUGGCAUUAUGCUUUUAAGCUUCACCACUUCCUAAGGAUUCACUGUCAAACAAAGAAGGAAAUACAAAAAGGAUACAAAGACUUUUGAGGAUAUAUAGAAAGGAGAUAUAAAAACAUUUAAUUUUAUCUCAACCAGAUCUGCCGAGAUGCCACUUAGAACGUCACUGUACAGAAAACCAUCCUCUGGUCGUUGGCCCGGCAGGAGCUCCAAGCGCAGGGAGGUGUUGUCUGUCAACAUGAUUAGCCUACCACUGGCUGAUUUUCGCCACAUCUCACAUAUUGGCAACGAUGCCCAUACAGACAGCUUCGGAGACCUGUCCUUCUUAAAAAUGGGCCACAAUCUGCUUCUACAAAGCUCCCAGAGCGAGCACAAUCUCUUCCUGGCCUGCUCUCCACCACCCAAGCCCCCGCGUCUGAACCUAGAUGAGGCCAAGGGUUCAGAGAGCCCUGACUGGCAUGUAGGCCACCAGCACAACGCGUCCCAGAAGAGACAGAAAUGCCACUCUUUGCCACUUCUGGACAGUGAGGAAGGAGAUGGAGAGAUGGAAAAGGAGGAUGGGUACCAAAGAGGGAAUAAUGUUGCUUCCAGUCAGACUCACAGCCCUAGACAGGGCAGCCUGAGUUCAGACAAGGAUGGAGACUCCACAGACACCUGUCACAAAAUAGCUGGACAGCAAAAGGAUGAGGACAGUGGCUUUUCCUUUAGCCUCGACCUGGGCCCUUCAAUCCUGAAUGAUGUUCUCCAGGUGAUGGACAAACUUCACAACUAGAUAAGGCAGUAGCCAAACGUUGCAGGAAGGCUUUACUAAAAGUCUGGAAUAUGGAGAAGAGAUCAAACUGUGAGACAAACUUCUGAUUUUACAGAGAAACCAAUGUGAUGGUGAUUGUUCAAAUAAACUGGAGAUGUCUGAUUUUAUGAUGCCUGGGUACAAAGUAGUGACAACCAACCUUUGGAGAGAACUUGCCGCACCUAAAUUUUAAUGGCGGUAAACUACUACACUGAAAAGACUGAUAUACAAGAUCAAACAUUCUGCCUUUUUUCAGUAUUUCAGUAUAACAUGUUACAUUUUGAAUCAGACAUCACAGCAAAAUCAGCUUACUCUUUUAUAGAGCACCAGAUAUUGUGUCUGUAGCACACUGUAGUCCACAGCAUUUGUUAAAAAGUAAACAUAAUCAUGUUUGAAAGGUUAAACUAAAAAAAGACAACUACACAAAAUGAAUGUUCUCCUUAGAUUCACCCCUUCCAGACGUACAUACAAGUUAAGUUAAUAAUUGAACUCUGUCGGAUGUCAAACUCCAAGCUAGACAUUUUCACCUUCUUUUACUUUCCUCCUUUGCUAUUGUAAUCCCCCAAACUAUACAGCACAGCACUGAAGACGGCUGUUAAGACUUAGAAGUGUUGUGUUUAAGAAAAGAAAAGCUGUGGCUGGAAUCCAAGGUCCUUGAGCUGUGAUGUCUUGGCUCUUGGCGUGCUUGCCAAUCUAUUGUGUGCAGAGGGCAAUUUUUCCUCUGCACGCAUCCCAGGGGCCCCACUCAAAGGUAGACCAAGGUACCCCCCAUCUCUCAUUCCCAACAAUGCAGUGAAAACAAACACUUAGCUCUGCUUCCAAUAAAAGCCAGCCAGUAGUGGCAAGAUGGGCUGCAGACUAAGCCAGGCCACAGGUCCAAGACCUCAGAAGGAAAAAAAAGAAAAAAGAAAAGCAAGAGUAGGCUGUUUUCUUAGCUGCAAAUUAGAGUCUGAUGCUCUAGUGAAUGGCGCACGAGAAGUAAAGUGGUAAAGGGUAACGUGAUACUUCCACAUAUGCAGGGGGUGUCGAGGGAGGAGGACCAGAGACAUCCAUUACUGCAGCAAAAGUCCUGAUGAGGGUUUAAACACUACCUUCUGACAAAAUAGAACCCCGACACGCGAAAAGUACAUGCUUGCGUCUCACAUACACUGGCACACAUGCAUGUACAUGUACAUGUAAGCACGCAUGGUCAAACUGAGAUUUGUGCAGACAAGCGAGGUCCACUUUCCUCAGGUCUAGAGAGGAGAGAGUCAGGACAGAGCCUCAGUUUGUGCCUUAGUGGGGGGUUGCCAAGAAAGGCUGUGGGGCAAACCUAGAACCAGUCAAAUUCCUAAGUUCCCCACGGGUCACGCUGCAAAAAAAAAAAACUAACCACAAGUGUCCCGCUUCUAGCAAUAGAUUUAGAAUUCUAUGUAUGUCCAAACAGAAACAGCUAUGCUUGUGGGUACUGUAUAUCUGUUUUGGCUUCUCCCAUUUUAAACUGGAUAUCACUGCGCCUUUUUCUUGUGUUUGUUAUGACAAUAACACAUUGUGAAACAUUUUUUGCAUCGAAAAAUGUACUGUUUUGUUUUUUGGAGAAGUAAAGAAAAAUGUCUUUCAAAUUCCAUGAUUGGUGGUUUUGAGGAUAGAACUGCUUGUGUCAACAUUUUAAGAGAGCUCGUAUGAGUAUUGUUUACACACCCUGAUGGACAGACAUUUAUUUGGCUUUUUAACUGUCAGCAGCCACUGUGGAGGCAAUAAGCCUUGUCUGUCACUGAUACCUAACAGCUUCUAGAGAAAUUAUAGCCUUGGAUUAUCCAACACAACAAGCAGCACACUAUUAUUUCAAGAUGGAGAGACACACAAGCCUAAAUUAGGCAGGCAUGUCAAGCAGGAUUUCAUGUAGAGUCGCAAAUACUGUAUUACAGUAAACUGGAGUUUGAAGCAACGGCUGAGCUGGUAGGCAUGGCCUGCUCUGAAGCACACCUGUAUGACAAAGAUAGUAGGAGGUAACAUUCAAUAGUUAACCAGGGUGUGCCAGCAAUUUCUCUUUUCUAAACAGGCUACUUUUUCCAGAUAAGGAGGAGAAAUAGCUAUUCAGUUACACAGACUUUAUACACCCCUGUCUGCUACAAUGACCCUUAACCAUCACAGCCCCACGCAUUCAGAAGAGAAAGAAGAAUUGUGCAAUGUCAGACAGACCAGACACUGUGGAAACAAAUUAUUGAGCUAUGAAGUAAGGGUAAAAAACUUGAACCUAUAAAACCAAUAUUAAAAAAACAAAUACCAACAAAUUUUGGUAUUUCAUGUACUUCAGCAAGAAUUGAUAAAGAAAACCACUGACACAUUUUAUGAAAACCCAUCCUUAUUCAUUACAACCUUCAAUAAUUAACAUUUGCUGUCUUUGGAGUCCUUGGCUGCUAUGACUGUGACGUCUGCACAAGAGCUCUCAGUGUGAAGAAUCACAUAAACUUUAGCUCAACAAGUGUUCAGCCACAUGACUGAUGUGAGAAGAAAGAGCCUGUAAUUGGAGACAAAUUAUCUUGUCUGUGCUGCAUAAACUGGCUGAGCUGUGAAGUAUCCCAAUCACAUCUGGUACCACUUCUCUCCCUCUAAAAAUCUAAACUUGCUGUCAUACAAUACCAAAAAAUACCCUGUCAUCUCAAUAAAGAGUACUAAAGAGA